GCGCUCAGCCUGGCCCCGGCCAUCCUUCGUCGCCCCAGUGCGCCCGGACCGACGCCCCGCCUGGUCGCCUUCCUUCCCCUGUAGGACCGGAGAGAGCAGCCCCAGGGGCAGGGCCAGGGCCUGCCCGCCCCGGGAAAGGAGCCGGUGUGAUCCUGACAAGCAGAGAUGGGGAAAAAACUGGAUCUUUCCAAGCUCACGGACGAAGAGGCCAAGCACGUCUGGGAAGUGGUUCAGCGGGACUUUGACCUGAGAAGGAAAGAAGAGGAACGACUGGAGGGGUUGAAGGGCAAGAUUAAGAAGGAAAGCUCCCAGCGGGAGCUGCUUGCGGACUCCGCGCACCUGAAUGAGACCCACUGUGCCCGCUGCCUGCAGCCCUACCGGCUUCUCAUGACCCCCAAAAGGCAAUGCCUGGACUGUCACCUCUUCACCUGCCAAGACUGCAGCCACGCCCACCCGGAGGAGCAGGGCUGGCUCUGCAACCCCUGCCACCUGGCCAGAGUUGUGAAGAUCGGCUCGGUAGAGUGGUACCACAAGCACCUGAGGGCCCGCUUCAAGCGGUUCGGGAGUGCCAAGGUGAUCCGGUCCCUGUGCGGACGGCUGCAGGGUGCAGGUUCGCCUGACAGCACGCGCAGCUCGCCUGACAACCACAGUGGGCCGGAGCCAAGUCCUGGCGAGGGAAGUGGAGACAGUGAACAGACAGAUGAGGAUGGAGAACUGGGCACAGUGGCCCAGGCCCAGCCCCUCGGCAGCACAAAAAAGCGCCUCUCCUUCCACGACUUGGACUUUGAGGCAGACUCUGACGACUCCACUUGGUCUGGAAGUCACCCCCCCCACUCGUCCCCAGUCUCAGUGGCCACAGACAGCCUGCAGGUCCCGUGUGCCCAGGCCCUCACGCAUGGUCCUCGUGCAGAGGACGCCUCCCAGGAGGCCGCCGUCCUGGAGGAGGCGGAUGUUGAUGCCGCUGGGUGCCGUGCGCAUCCAGAAGAGCAGAUGGACAGCCUCUCACCUGCCGGACGGGACGCCCUCGCCGAGCCCUGCCUCCCUGCGGGGUCCUGCAGCACAGCCGCAGCUGGGACGCACGCCAUCGGGAGGGAGCCCCUCCGCUCCCAGCAUCUGGCCGACGCGGACAUCUCCGUCUCCGAAGACGAGGGCACCGGGGCUCCGGGCACCACCUCUCAGCAUCCCCGACGGGGAGGCCACACUCCGGCUGAGAGCCAGUGUCUCGCCGGCCGCGAGCCCACCGACGCCGACAGAGAAGAGGAGACCCUCAGGAGGAAGCUGGAGGAGCUGACCUGCCGCGUCAGUGACCAGGACGCCUCGUCCGAGGAGGCGGGGAGCGAGGAGGAAGGGUCAGACCUGGCCAGGAGCCCCUCCUCGCAGGACCUCCCCGGGGCAGCCCCGGAGGUGUGCGCGGCUGCGGGCCAAACGCACGGACGGGACACGACCCCCUGGGGCCCUCAGGACCUCGUGCAGCCCGGCAGGACCACAGACGAGGAGCUGCUGCAGCUGGAGGACAGAGUGGCCCUGACGGCCUGUGAGGUCCAGCAGGUGGAGAGCGAGGUGUCCAACAUCAAGUCCAAGAUUGCGGCCUUGCAGGCUGCGGGGCUCACGGUGAAGCCCUCGGGGAAGCCCCGGAGGAAGUCCAACCUCCCGAUAUUUCUUCCCCGACUUGCUGGGAGUUACGACCAGAGGCCUAAGGAUCCGAAUGCAGAGCCUUCGGACGAGGUGACUGCGCCCUAUCUCCUCAGAAGGAAGUUCAGUAAUUCUCCGAAAAGCCAAGGUAGAGCCGCCGACUCUGCUCGGCCGUCGGCGUCAGCGUACCGCGGAUCCCUGACGCAGAGGAACCCCAACAGCAGGAAGGGGGUGGCCGCCCACAGCUUCGCAAAGCCUGUGAUGACCCAGCAGCCCUGA